AACAGAAGUUGGACAAGGUUGGCGGCGAGUCAGUCAGUCGUUUAUUGUGUGCCAUUGCGUUCACACGUUUCAUAUUUGUGCCGCAUCUAGUGUGUACGGAACUUUUUCACGCGUUCCACGUGCUGUCUUGUGCUGAUAUGCUCGUUAUGAAUAAUAUACAUUUUUGAUAUCAGGAGCGUCACAUCAUAAAGAUGUCGGCCACCAAAUAUUCACACCCGUUCAUGCGGCGGCAGAAAGCCAUGCCUGAAGGUUAUGAGGAUGAGUUGCAACAGAUCAGGGAAUGGAUGAAGAGUCAGCCGCACCUGCCGUACGUUUCCGACGAAUACCUAAUGUUGUUCCUUCACUCCAACUAUUACAAGGUCAAGGAGACGAAGGACACUAUUGAAUGUUAUUUCACUCUACGAGCCAACACACCUGACCUGUUCACCAAUAGGGAUCCACUGAUGCCUAAAAACAAAACCAUUCUGGACAUUACGCAUAUGGUGGCUCUUCCUAACACAACUGAAGAAGGCUAUAAUGUCCUCUUAUACCGUCUCUCCGAAUUUGACUAUAGCAAAUUGAAUUUUGCUGACGCCGUCAGGGUGUUCUGCAUGUUCAAUGACGUCAAGUUGUCCGAGGACUGCCUCUCUGAAGGUUACAUCGUCAUCUUCGAUAUGAAAGGUUGCAGUCUCGGCCAUUUAACUAGGGUCACGCUGCCAGCAUUGAGAGCUUUCAUGCAUUAUAUUCAGAAUGCCCAUCCAUGUCGUUUAAAGAAGAUCCAUGUGGUGCAUACAGUGUCAUUCAUCAACCAAGUAAUGUGCCUUGUCAAGCCACUUAUCCACUCAAAUCUCUUAAAUCUUCUCAACUUCUCUUCCGACGGUCCUGCAUCUGUGGUCGACAAAGAACUCCUGCCCGAAGACUACGGCGGCCCCCUCCCACCCAUCAAACAAUUGCACGAGGAGCAGAGGAAAAACAUGGAGGAAAACUACCGAGACUGGUUGAUAGAGACGGAAAUAUUCAAAGCCGACGAAAAGAAAAGGAUAAAGAAGCCCAGCAGGGGUAUGUUCGCCAGUUUUACCAGUAGCUUCAAGAGUUUGGACAUCGAUUGAAUCUCCUGUAGCUGUUAGUUCACAAGGGACCUGAUAACUUUGCAACAUUUGCAUAUAAAGUUUAUUCAUGUAAAUUUUUAGGCUCAUAAUGUUAAUUAUUAAACCAAAUGUAAUUUACGUCUUAUUGGUUUAGGUCUUGUCUUCUCACUUAUAUUGGGUCCAAAUCUGUCAUUUUAUUGAUAAUAUUCGUAGAUAAGUAUAAAUUUAUCAUAAAUUAUAGGUUAUUUUCUUAUUUUGUCAAACUGACUGUGAUGAAGAGUCGUUUCUAUUUCUUAUUCAUUAUUAUAGAAAUGAAUAUUUACUAGUCGUUCAACGGCAAAAUGCUCAAAGUAAGUAAUAUAUUAAGAUUUAUGUUAUAGUCGGUGCUUAUAUCAAGUAGUUUUAAAAUAUCAAAGUUAUUAUAAAAUUUAGCUAAUCGAAUAAUAAGUAGGUAAGGAAACAUUAAAGGUCAUUUUUAAAUUUAUAAUAUUACACAACUUUCUUAAUUACGUUACUUUUAAUAUCACUCGGUUUCUGAAUUGAGAAUUUAUAGGUAAGAACGUUUCAAACAGUACUUACACCAACUUAAACGUCACUUAAACUGGUUUCCGUUUCUAUUUUAAUUUUUUUAAUGAUCAGUUGAUAGCAGUUUGUUAAAACUAUUCCUUUUGACUUGUGAAACGUAAAAUAAGUUUUUACUGAGAAUUAUUGAUAAUAAUUAGUUGAGAUCUUGUACUUUUCUCAAUUCAGAAAUUGGCCGUAUGUCGUUUUGUUAAUAUCGACGCUGAAAAGCAAACACGUAGUAACCUGCAAAACCAAAAUGGAUAUUUAGAGUGGAAAAUCUUUAUAUUUUUCACAAAAAAAAAAAACUUUUUUCCCUAUAAAUUGACUAAAGAACACCUUAUUUGUUACCGUUUAUAGGAAUUAUUUAUCGAAAAAAUUAAAGUUUUUCUGCUCUGAAGAACAAUCUUGGUUUUGCGAGUUUUUACUACGUGUUUGCUUUCCAGCGUCGAUAUAAAAAGGUACUUUAAUGUAAUGUGACCCUGCGAAUAUGUAAUCGAUUACAGUUGGUGUUUAUCUCGUUUAUCUUUACUCAAGAAUACUAAAAUCUGCCGUAUUUGACUUACUUAUUACUUUCGGAUUAUGAUUAUUCUAUACUAUCUUUCCACCAGCAGCGGCUUCACUUGAGUGGUACUAUAUUGAUAUAAACCUCACUCUUGAGUCACGUUUAUUAAUGAAAACUGCAUUAAUACUCAUUGUGUCAUGGAUAUUUGGGUUUAUACGUAAGCCUGAUAAAAGUAAUUAUAUAAUCCCAUGUCUUUGAAUAGUAUUUUUUGAGGUUUCAAAGUCUUCCAACAAUCGCUUUUCUGAGACGAAAUUUGAGAAAAGCUUUGGUUAGAAUAUAACAUAGGUCUAAAUUUUUUUACUGUAUGCACUUAAAUGAGAAAGUAAGUUAAUUCAACAGGUAUGUAUUUUCAUAUUAUUAUGUAAUUUCAUAAGGUAUUUUAUAUUUAAAACAUAAUUAAAUACUAUAUGGAUAGAAUUUUUACAUGGUGCAUAUAAACUUGGAUUAUUUAAGAAAUUUACACUACUUUGUAACUUAUUGGUGUUUUUACUGUAUAAAAUGUAUAUUUUUUAUAAAGUUACCACAGACAUUGGAUGGUCAGUUCUUUUUUGGAUUUACAAAAAACUAAAGAAUGUUGUAUCUUUAUCUAGAUUUUAUAAUAAAUUUUAUAAAUAUUUAUACCACUUUUGGAAUGACUUGGUUCAAGUUGAUCUGUUUUGUUGUGAUGUUUCAAAUUUUACCAAAUUGCACGUUAUAAUUAAAUUUUCUUAAAUAUACACAUUUCUUAUUUUUCAUUUUAAUAUAUUUAAGAUUUCAUUUAUCAUUUAAUAUUUCACUUUAUUAAUUUGAGCUGUAGCACAUUGAUUUCAAGCAGAUGCCCCUCAGUCUCUGUUCUCUCUGUCUGGCAGAA